GAAAGCUGUGGGUGGCGCUGCUGGUGAGUGUGGUGUCGUGGGGCGCGACCCUGUGGUUGCUGCAGAGAGCGUGGCAGAAGGUGGCUGGAGGCCGUCCAGUAGGACUCAUCACCUCCCUCUUGUAUGGUUAUGGUGCUCUCUUGCAGAACCUGCCCUCUGACCCCUCCGUCAGCGACACCGGCAGGAUGUUGGUGGGAUGGUGGCUUGUGUUCUCCUUGAUCAUCACUACAGGGUUUUCUUCGUCCUUGAUGGCGCACCUCACUGUGAAGGAAAGAUCGCGGCCACUUGAGACUUUAGAGGACCUGGUGAAUCAGCCUCACUGGAAGUGGGGAACCGAUCCCUGGAUGCUAACAGAAGCAGCUGUUGAUUAUUUUAGCAAGCAUCCCAAUCCUGUAACCAGGCAUAUAUUUCAUGAAAUGGAGUUGAUGAAGGUGGACGACGCUCUGAGAAAAGUGCUGGCAGGAGGGUUCUCCUUCAUCAGCUACAAGAACUACGUUACCGUCAUCAUUGAGACUCGCUACUCGGACGCGAGAGGCAACACUCCCCUCUACAUCAGCAACAAGGCAUUUCCGAUCUUAGCUGCCAUUGGAUGGGGCAUUAGCAGAAUACUUUAA